UUUAUCACAUCCCCGUUCUCACCAGCCUCAUCGGUACUACCCUCGAGGUAUGUAUUACUCGUUAUUGAACCCCUUCUCGCGGCCUCUCAGCUAGUCUGAGAGAGCAAUCAUCAUGGAACUCUGGCCUUUUCAAUCCUUGUGGAGUAGCAACCGCAGGAAAGUUGAAAAGCUUUUACCAGAGGGUCCAGGUGAUACGCUUCUCUCAUUUCACGGCACGGGCUGAAGAACCCUUGAUGAAAAAUUCUUAAAGGGGCACUCUUUACGCUCGAAGACUACUGGUGGCUGACAUGAUUCUCCUUUCAACAUUAGAUACCUCUUAUCCCGUCUCUCGAUUUGAGAAUCUCGAAAAUCAACCGCCAAAAUGGUCAAGACUUCCGUCCUCAACGAUACGCUUAACGCGAUCAACAACGCCGAGAAGGCUGGCAAGCGCCAGGUCCUCGUCCGUCCUUCCUCCAAGGUCAUCGUCAAGUUCCUGAGCGUCAUGCAGAAGCACGGCUACAUUGGCGAGUUCGAGGAGGUCGAUGACCACCGUUCCGGCAAGAUUGUCAUCCAGCUCAACGGUCGUCUCAACAAGUGCGGUGUCAUCAACCCCCGCUACCCCGUCCAGCUCCGUGACCUCGAGAAGUGGACCACCCAGCUCCUUCCCUCUCGUCAGUUCGGUUUCGUCGUCCUGACCACCUCCGCUGGUAUCAUGGACCACGAGGAGGCUCGUCGCAAGCACGUUGCUGGCAAGCUCCUCGGAUUCUUCUACUAGACGACCGACUAAAAGUUUAUGUCUUGAAUAGUAUCGGGAUAUAUGUGGCCUGGUGAGGUCCGAGCGAGGAAUGUGCUCAGGAGCAACAGUGUCUUGGCGAGGAGUUAAAGGAUACCCUGGCAGAAACGCCAUAGAUAGGUUUGAGUGAUCUUGCUCAAUUCAACCAAGUCAUUUUGUUCCGGUCAAA